AUGCCGAAGGAAGAUCCGGAGACCACAGCCCUGAAGAAGGAGCUAACGGACUUGAUCGCCAAAGUUAAGGCCGAACAAGAAAAGUUAGCUGACGCGAAACUUGCUGAAAAAUGCGGGGACCUAGGGGAUGUGACCAAGAUAAGAUUUGUGACGAAAAAAGUUCUAAAAGGGCAUAUCAAUAAAGUCAAUUCGGUGCACUACAGUGGCGACUCUAGGCACUGCGUCACAGGCUCACUCGACGGGAAACUGAUCAUUUGGGACACCUGGAGCGGCAACAAGGUGCAAGUGAUACCCCUGCGGUCGGCCUGGGUCAUGAGCGUCGCUUUUGCGCCGUCUGGAAACUUUGUCGCAUGUGGAGGAAUGGACAAUAUGUGCACGGUGUACGAUGUAAACAACCGCGACUCCACUGGCGCAGCGAAGAUGGUGCGUGAACUGGCCGGCUAUGAAGGUUUCCUCAGCAGCUGCCGCUUCCUAGAUGAUACCCACAUUCUUACCGGCUCCGGAGAUAUGAAGAUAUGCGUUUGGGAUUUGGAAGUCGGUAAGCGCGAGAUGGAAUUCGAUGCCCACGCAGGCGACGUCGUUACUAUUUCAUUAGCACCAGACAUGAAGACAUACGUGACUGGUUCCGUCGACAAGACCUGCAAACUGUGGGACAUCCGAGACGAGAAAGCGAAACAAACUUUCUUCGGCCAUGAUGCAGACGUCAACAGCGUGUGUUACCACAACAGCGGGCACGCAUUCGCGACAGCAUCCGAAGACAAGACAGCCAGACUGUUUGAUAUUCGCAGUGACCAGCAGCUCGGACACUACACCCCGCCAGGCGCCAGCGGCUUCACCAGCUGUGGUUUAUCGCUAAGUGGCAGAUACUUGCUCGCCGGAUCUGACGACAACGACGUGCAUUCCUGGGACACCCUAAAAGUUAAUCACACUGGAACUCUGCAUGGCCAUGAGAACCGUGUUACUUCCAUCUCGAUGUCGCCCAACGGGGUAGCACUGGCUAGCUGCUCCUGGGACAAUUCCGUCAGAGUUUGGGGUUGA